ACGUUCUUCAUUGAAACUUUGUUCUCUGUAUUUAUCCCCAAAUCUUAUCGUCACCAAGAAACCUCAGCUCAGCUCGAUCAUUCUUCCCAACUUCCCAGGUUCGUUUCACACCUUAAGCAACCCACAACAUCGACACCAACUCAAUCUUCAACAUAUAUAUAUAUAUAUAUGGCUUCAAACCCAGGGAUUACACAGAAGAAAAUCACCAUACAAAACAAAUAUAAUGAGAAGCUGGUGGGUAUACUGCAUGAAACUGGAUCUCCGGAUAUUGUGGUGUUGUGUCAUGGUUUCCUAUGCACAAAGAAUGAUAGGAUAAUGGUGAGCCUAGCUGCUGCGCUGGAGGCAGAAGGAAUAAGUGCAUUUCGGUUUGAUUUCGCUGGUAACGGGGAAAGUGAAGGGGUAUUCAUGGUUUGCUGUCAGAGACAGGCGGAGGAUUUGCGUUGUGUUGUCCAACACUUUGUUGGGCAAAACCGCAAAAUAGCUGCCAUUCUUGGACAUAGUAAAGGAGGGAGUGUUGUGCUCCUGUAUGCUUCAAUGUAUCAUGAUGUUCAUACACUGGUCAAUGUUUCUGGUUGUUUUGAUUUCCUUGGAGGCCUUACAGAGGAAUUCAUGGAAAGAAUCAAGAAGGAUGGAUUCGUAGAUGUCAGAAACGCACAAGGAAAAGUUGUGUACCGUUUUCUUGAGUUAUGCCUAACGAAUGCGCUGCUAAAUCCUAACAUGCACGACGCAUGUUGUGAGAUCGACAAAGCCUGCAGGGUAUUGACCAUUCAUGGAUCCAAUGAUGAGGUGAAUCCCAUUGGAGGUGCAUUUGAGUUCGACCAGGCUAUACCAAACCACAAAUUGCAUAUAGUGGAAGGAGCUGACCACUUCUACACGUCGCAGUGGAAUCUGAGUGAAUUAGUUUCCACUGCAAUCUCCUUCAUAAAACAAGAUUUGCAGCAGAACUAAAAUGCUGAUUUAAUUUGCUCAACUCAUCAAUCAUAUUAUUCAUAUACAUACCUACCCUACCUUCAUUCCCAUUUUGCAACAACUUAGAUUCUCGACUCCGUAUUCCUGAAAUAUAUAUAUUGAUUACAUAUGAUGAUAUUGUAGACGUGGACUGUUUUAUGUCUAUUGUGGCAAUUACGUUUAUCUCAAAAUAGAACUAAUGCAUGAAUUGUUAUACCAAGUACUACCAUAUAUCAAGGGGAUUCUUAUGUUU